AUGAUUAGCAGCUCAGCACAGCUGCUCAUGCUUGCCCCCGACAUGGCGAGUUCCCAUGACACCGACCCAAGACUCCGAUGCAAGGGCAGGGGGAAGUGGGCGGCACUCCUUCUAUUGGCUUGCUGGUCCAGGUCGAUGCCUUUCAUCGGCAUGCCCCAGGUGGCUGAAGGCCCGAGACGCACGAUGCGGCGAUCUCAGCCGGACGACGACGAUUUCAAGGUGCUGCAGUCGCGCAUCAACGAGUUGCGUGAGCGGCCUAUACUCCCCGUUCUUGUGAUUGACUCCAUGCUACCCGGACAACGUCUGGUGUUCAACUCUCCCAACAAGGAGCUCCAGGCACUCGUUCAGGAAGAGGAGGACAUCGGCGUGAUAGGAAUGGUCCGGUCCCGCUUUGGGACGUCGCCAGCCCGUCACGGGGUCUCGGCAACGUUGAAGCAGGUCAACUUCAACCAGUGGGAGCUCAAGGCCUUGCGGCACUUCAAGGUGCUGGGCCCCGCAGAGCAGGAGGGUGACAUCACCCGAGCCAAGGUGGAGUGGGUCUAUGACGAGGCCUCGGAGGAGGAUGUGAAGCUUGCUGAGACGCUGGUUCCGCUCGUCGACACAUGGACUGCGACCCUGCUUGAGAUGGGCAAAGAGCGGUACGACGGCCAGCUUGCAGACAUCUUGAAGGAUCUGGGAGAUAUGCCAGACCCAACAGCUGCCGGAGAGCUUGCCCUGUGGGUGGCCGCGCUGGUCAACCCAAUCCCGGCACUAGGCGUGGCCUACGAGAUUCGGCCGGCAGUUCUGUCGGCUUCGAGCGUCCGGGAGAGGAUCGAGGUGGCGAUUGAGGGCAUCCAGGGGAGCAUUGACCACAUCAGCGGGAAGAGAAAGCUCUUCUGA